AAUUAAAACUACAAGUACCAUAAGGCGUCUGUACAAUUGUAGUUCUCAAAAACUGGACUACAAUUAUCCUAAGACUAAUGAAACCUUGUGCCUCAUCAUCUAAACUGACGAGGAGGUAAGACAGCAGUAACAACACUCACGUUGGCUUUCAUAAUGUUUGCAAUAUAGUAUCAUGUACUGAUAUUUAGUAACAUUUAUUUACAGUGUAUUUAUUUAUCAUACUGUUAAGGCGGUUAUCGGUAGCAUACCAGUUCCUUCAGCAGCACAUUAACGUUGCUUGAAAUUUUGUUGGGGAUAGGAUUGUCGAUUGUUGGAUAUCUGUCUCGGUGGAUGAGGUCUUGUUUCCGUCGCUCCUGUGUAGCUGCUGUGCGAGAUAGUACUCACUCUAAACUGUAAUGAACUGCUACCUCAACCGAAGCGUUUACAAAAGCAAUAAAUGAUGUAGCUUUACUGAAUUAUAGAGGUGUACAAAGUGUUCGGAUUAAUUUGGUAAACACUGUUCUGGAGUUUUGCAGAAAACAGCAGCAUUAGUCUGCUUUUACAGCUUACAGUUUUAAGGAUUUUUUUUUAUUUUCGUUUAUUUGGCACAUGUCCCUCAGGUUAUAUUUACUAGGACCGCUUUAUUUUAGGUUAGUCUGAUCCGGCAUUAACGUCCCAGACUGCCUGUUUUCAUCAAAUGACCAUACAGUGACACUGCCAUCUUGUCCCGUGUUUGACGAAGGAAUACAUUUAUUAUUGAGAUUCGUGAAAUUCGUGGUAGCAACGGCUUCUCAUACACAAUCCUACACUGGAUUACUUGUAUCAGUUUUACAGAAGCUGCCGGCUUUGAUCGUGACGAAUGCCUGACAUAUUGCGACAUGGUUUUAAUGAAAAGGAGUAUUCUGCUGACUUUUUGCAUUGCUACCCGUUACCCGUAAGAUCUAACUGGUGUGUGGAAAAAGUUGAAUUUGUCUUGACAGUACAGCGUCUAUUUUAGAGAAGGAUUGAAAACCUUAGCAUUUCAUUUUUAGUGAAGAACUACAUUCUCUGUGACGCUGUCUGACAGAAAACGGUCAACAUCUGACUUUGGUCCUGUCUUGGCUUGUUCUUAAUGUAUUUCAGAUCCCUUCUCCCGACAAAAGAGCAGUAAUAAAUAUGCACAAAACAACGAAAGGACUGUUUUUUUCUCAAUACCUUUAUUUAACAGCAAUGCAAAUGCUGCUUAACACUGUGAACGGUGUCCCGUUUUUUGCAUGUGAAGUUACAAUCUCAGGAUGAAAUAAUUAAUGAAUAUUCACCAGCAGAAAUACUUAGAGGUUCUUUGGAGAUUGUAAUGCUUUACCAGCAGCACAAUAUCUUUUGUUCUUUUUGCUAUAUACAGAGCAUUCUUUGUGAAUCAGACAUUAUUAUUAUUAUCAUAAUUUAUUCAGUGUCAAGAGAUGUGAGGUGAAAAUUCUGAAAUUAUUCUGCUAUUUCCCUUGUGGGGGCGGCAUGGUGGUGCAGUGGUUAGCACUGUUGCCUCACACCUCUGGGACCUGGGUUCGAGUCUCCGCCUGGGUCACGUGUGUGGAGUUUGCAUGUUCUCCCCAUGUUGUCGUGGGGUUUCCUCUGGGUACUCUGGUUUCCCCCCCACAGUCGAAAAACAUGCUAAGGCUAAUUGGAGUUACUAAAUUGCCCAUAGGUGUGCACGUGUGAGUGAAUGGUGUGUGAAUGUGCCCUGUGAUGGGCUGCCCAUUGCUUUCGGGAUUGCUCCAGAGCCCCCACAACCCAGUAGGAUAAGCGGUUUGGAAAAUGGAUGGAUUUCCCUUGUGUUCAUGUGUUUAAAAGUUUGUACAUGUGUCAGAUUAAUGGGAGGGAUCACAGAUGUGGACAGAAGUCUGGCUUGUCCUGAAUGCUUCUCGUACACAAUGUACUCAGGUUUAAUGAACAAGUUGUGCCUCCGUGUAUUUUAUUAUUGCUGUGGAAAACUUAAUAUCAGCAUGAGAGCAGCCCGAGGGUUGUACAGGUUGGAUUAAAUGUACAUAUUAUUGGCAAAAUAACAACUUCAUGACUUCUAGGAUGGAAGACACAUCUUUUUAGAGUAAUAACCUUUUUAGUUUUUACGUUAAGUGUAAACCUCAUCUUGGUCACACACCUAAUGGCUGGUCCAGCUUUCACUACAGCCUGUUAAUGUGCGGUGCACCUCAUGGGUAAUCCGCACGACCCAUGGUGAAAAGUUGAAGGGUAGGUUAGGGUUCUUGGUCAUAACUACACAAUGUUAUAUUUUUACAGAAUUCAGACCCCCCUCCCCCUUUUUUUUCUUUGCCAAUAUGUUGUCCUUGUUUUAAAACUUCAGAAGUAAUGAAGAGGAGAGCUUGUCAUUCUAUACAGGGACAGACCUGUGCAAUCUGUCUGCAUUGAUGAGCUCCAGCAGGUUUUCCCUAACUCUUUAUGUCAGUAAUUCCCACCACAGUGAUACAGGGUGACCUUGGGACUCUCACACCCCCCCCCCCCCCCCCCACCACCAACCCUCAGUUUCCUAUGUAUUAUAAAGGAAACUGGAUUUCUGAUCUCUUCAGAUGAUGCUCACUUCCUGGUACACUGUAAAUCUCUCUGUUACACACACCAUAAUAAAAUUUUAUUUGGUCCAAUUCCAAGCCUCUUGAUUCCUCCACUGCAACAACGCCUGGAAAUCCCUAUGGAAACAAGCUGACAAUUUAGGCAGGCAGACCAGUGACCACUCAGAAGCAGCCCUUUGGCUCUGAGAUAUGGAGGCAAUGACAAACUUCCUCACACUGAUUGCCACGGAGGCCGGGGGUUUGCCGGUGACCUUGGCUCUUCUUCUGGUCUUGCUGGCUCUCCUCUACUCGUACUCCACCUAUCCCUACACCAUCCUUGCAAGGUGUGGCAUCUCCUACCCCUAACCCUUACCAUUCUAUGUAAAUAUGUUCCAAUUUCGGCAGGGCUUCUGGGACUUCCACAAAGACCUGAUAAAGCAGCAUGGCAGAGUGUGCGGGCAUUAUUUAAUCCAGAAACCAAACAUAGUGAUUGCUGACCCUGAAAUGCUCAGGAAGAUCAUGGUGAAGGACUUCAGCAGCUUUCCCAACCGGACGGAGAACAAAGCUGCCACCAAGCCGUUGAGUGAUUGCCUGCUAAUGCUGAGGGAUGAGUGCUGGAAGUGAUUGCGGUGCAUCCUCACGCCAUCCUUCAGCUCUGCCAAGCUCAAAGAGAUGGUCCCUCUGAUCAACAAAGCCACAGGAACUCUAUUGACCAACCUGAAGACCCAUGCUGAUUCAGGGCUGAGCUUUGAUAUACACAGCUAUCAAGCAUUUAGGCUGCAAAGCUAUGGUAAAAGCAUCCAUCUACGCAUCCAUCCUGCUUAUCCAGCUGUGCAGUCAUUUGUUUCACUGAUCCCCCACUUCUUCCUCCCGCCUGCCGUCACUUUCCUGUUCCUCAUUGCUCCUCUAGCACAGUUCCUGCCUAACAAGUCGAGGGACGAGAUGAACAGUUUCUUCAUCGGGUGCAUCAAAGCGAUGAUCAAGCAGAGAGACAAACUGCCUGCCACUCAGCGUUGCUGUGACUUUCUCCAGCUGAUGCUAGACAUGAGGAGUGAACGAGAGUAUGUCUUGCUGGAUCGGUUCGACCUGGUAAGUCAUGCUGAUGAGAGCACCGUCGCAGACCGGGAGGAGGCGGCAGGUGAGGCUCCACGGCAAGUGCAGAGGAGGGUGCUGACGGAGGGUGAGAUUGUGGGCCAGGUCUUCAUCUUCCUGCUGGCCGGAUAUGAGACCAGCAGCAGCACGCUGGCCUUCAUCUGCUACUUACUGGCCAUCCACCCCGAGUGCCAGCGGAGAGUGCAGGAGGAGGUGGGCAGUUUCUUCUCCCGACACGUGGUGCCAGACUAUCACAAUGUCCAGGAGCUGAAGUACCUGGAAAUGGUCAUAUCAGAGGCUCUCUGCCUGUACCCUCCAGCAUUCAGGUUUAACCACGAGGUGAAGCAUGACUGUAUGGUAGAUAGCGUGCAGCUCCCCAGGGGUGUUGCACUGGAUAUCCCUGUUGGCUUUCUGCAUCACCACCCCGAGUACUGACCCGACCCAGAGGAGUUUAUUCCAGAGAGGUUUACUGCUGAAACCAGGGCCACUCGGCACCCCUUUGUAUACCUGCCAUUUGGCGCUGGGCAAAGGAGCUGUGUGGGGGCACAUCUGGCCAUGCUGGAGAUCCGUCUGGCUCUAGUGCACAUCUUUAGAAAAUUCACCUUACUAGCCUGCAAGGAGACUAAGGUGUGUGUCCUCCAUGGCUGUCACUGGAUGGAGGUUCAGACAGAGGCUGAAUACUGA